AUGUCAGCCCUAGUGGAUGAGCCGCCGGCGAUGAAGAAGGUUAGAAGCAAGGAGCCUUUAAAGCUCGCACAAGCCCAAGAACACGUUAAAAAGGAGAAAUCUAGAGAAAAGACCGUGAAGCCCGAAAGAGAUAAACGCUGGAAAAGAGAGAAACCUCUCGACAGGGAAAUUGCGCUCUAUGCUGCUCGUGCUGAUAGGGGAGCCAAGAAGGGACAAGCAAGACGCAAGAAUUAUUUUCAAGCGUUGGAUCAGUAUCAAACUACUGUUGCUGGAGGAGGCACCACAAUAGGAGGAGCAACUGCCAUUCACGAUCGCGAAGACGACGAUUUUGCGGCUAAGACCACACAAGAGAUGAUUCGGUUCCUGAAUGACGAGAAACUUGUGGAGACAAAAUAUGAGUUUGCGGGCGGCUGGGAAAGAUUUUUGCUGAAAAUGAAGCGUAAUCCUAUGAAAUCAGCCAUAUACGAGUACUGCCGUAUGGAGGAAGCUAUCGGCCAAGAUAUGAUGAAUGUCUUAUCCAAGACUACAAACGUCGAUGGAUCAACUGAACUCAAAUACAAAGACUUACCAUCUUCCAAACCUCCACCCCUUAAACGUGUUGACGAUCCGGCCUAUGAAUUACAGUGGAUGUAA